AGGCUGUGCACUGAGGUAUUUGUGUUUAUGUGCAGCUGUUAGAUCCCAUGUCUCUAGGGGAGGUCUAUCAGCCAGCAGCCCUUUAUGAAGAAGCCCUGUCUCUGGUCCAUGAAGACAAAGUGGCCUAUAGGACCCUGAGGACUGAACUACUUGAAUGUUAUAGUGACCAAGACUUCCUUGCCAAGCUUCAUUGUGUGAGACAAGCAUUCCAGAUCCUAUUGUUAGAUGAAACUCAUCGUACGUUUUUCAUGGAGACCGGAAAGCAAAUGAUUGUGGGUUUAAUGAUAAAGGCGAACAAGAGCCCCAAAGCUUUUCUAGAAAGCUAUGAAGACAUGCUGCUGUACACUCAGAGAGAGGAAACGUGGCCCGUCACUAAGAUGGAGCUGGAGGGUCGAGGAGUGGUUUGUAUGAACUUUUUCGACAUAGUGUUGGACUUCAUCCUGAUGGAUGCAUUCGAAGACCUGGAGAGUCCUCCUGCCUCUGUGGUGGCUGUGCUCAGGAAUCGCUGGCUCUCUGACAGCUUUAAAGAAACGGCUUUGGCGACUGCUUGCUGGUCCGUCCUAAAAGCCAAAAGGCGUCUUCUUAUGGUUCCUGAUGGAUUUAUCUCCCACUUCUAUGCCAUAUCUGAGCAUGUAAGCCCAGUUUUAGCUUUUGGCUUUUUAGGACCCCGGCAGCACCUGAGUGAAGUGUGCACAAUUUUUAAGCAACAAAUUGUGCAGUACCUUAAGGAUAUGUUUGACCACGACAAGGUCCGCUUCACCUCUCCACAGUGUUUGGCCGAGGACAUCCUGAAUCUUUCUCACCGCCGAAGUGAUAUUUUACUUGGGUAUCUGGGAAUCGAUAGCCUUCUUGAAAUCAACGGUGCCAUGCCCAGUGACCAAGAGGGCUCUUCAGGGACCAACUAGCUAGGAGCAGUAGGGUAACAAAGAGCUUCACUGGGCCUUGUACCAGCUAACAGCAAAGAGGCUGACGAGUUGGGAACAGCAAGAAGUCACAGCUGAACAGUGUGUCGUAUUAAGACGGGAAAGAAUCAUCCUCCUGUGAUACACUGAGAACCAGCAUUAUUCAUUUAUUCAUCCGUGUUUCAUUAAACAUGACGGCUUCAGUAGGACAUACUUUCACUAGUUCUACAAAGUCAUUGGUCCUUGUACUAAGGAGUGAGUGUAACGAUCCCACCUCUUUUAUGUUGCUGCUGUGUAGUCAUCGAGAAUGCAGACUGCAGUCAUGUAAUGACAGACGUGCAAGGACUUGUCUUUGCCUUGUUGGGUGAGUUCUUGAAAACAGGCCUGACGGGAAGCAUUACCAACCCAUGAAAACUGUGCCCGCUACACUAUUACUCCACAUGGAUUGAGGGCUUUCAGAGAACCCUUCAUCACCUCUGGAAUUAAGGGGAUUCAUGGUGUGGGAAUCAGCAUUUUGUGUUUUAUAUUAAAUUAAGUAAGAUUCUGUGUUUAAAAUGCUGAGAUUUCCUGAGAGUUCUUGAGCACUUUGGCCAACUGAUUAUUAGUGCUGCUGUUUAAUGAAAAAUGGGAUGGGUUUGUCUCCACACUUGCCCUUAAAUCCUCUUUAAUGUCUUUAUUUAUUUUCUCCACUUUGGGUUAAUUGAGCUUAAAAUGUGGUGAAACCAAGAAAGUCUGUUGAAUGCAAAAAGACUUUUGAAAUAGUGUAGGGUUCUGGCAUGUUACUCAUGUUUGACACCAGUGUUCACAGUUGCAGUAAACAUGAGUGUCUGAAGAAGCAUGUGCUAAGGGAUUAUGAAGGUUUACUUUCUAUAAAUUACAACGCAAAUAUUCAGAUUUAAAUGGCAAUAAAACAACACUCCAAACACAAAAGAGUGUGAGAUGUGAAAUACCUGUCUGAAAACUAUUACAUAAAACACAACAGUUUAGAAGACGCUAAAGACAAUAAACAAUGUAAGACUUGAGUUCUCUUGAUUUGUAUUUGCUAAUUCUAAAGUCUGAAUUUGAGACGUUCUCCCAGUUUAAUUGCUUAAAAACAUUUGGGUCUAAAAGUGUCCAGUCGCAAGUUGUACCAAAUAAGCCUUUAACAAAGUGGAUACUACUCACUUGUCCUAGCAGGGAAAGUAGGUGUUACUAAUGGUACCAGUAGUGCUGUGUUGUUCACACGACAUGAACAGUAGAGUCUUUCCGUGGCAGUUUCACUGGUUAACAUUAAAAAUGGCUUUAAAGUAGGUGAGCCAGUGUUGGGGCCCAAGCACUAUGCAUGUUUGCUCACUCACUCACUAUCACACCUUAACAGCACACCUACUGAAUCACUUAUGUUUUUGUUUACAUCUGUACUUUUUCUGUACCUUCAGUGAUAAAAGGGCGCUAUGUUUUUUUUGGGGUUUUUUUGUGUAAGAAGGUGGACACCUGUGGAGAUCUUGCUUAGAAAAAAUAUAUGUAAACAGUGACACAUCCUCUAAAUGAAACAUUACCAUUUAUUAUUCUUAGCAAGGAUAUAUCUGAUGUUAUAAAGAUCUGAAAUGAAGAACAGGGCAUUGUACAGCUGGACUGUCAUCCACAUAAGUGCACUGAUGAUAACGUCUGAGUCUGCUUUGCUAUCCAAAGUACUGUGAACUUGUUAUUGAAUGGCAUUUAUUCCGCAAUUCUCGCAUCGAUUACACCACUACUGCACGGGCGCAUUUCUGAUACGCAGAUAUAUACAAAGUAAAUCGUCUUCAUGAAAUUGAAUUUUAAAAAAGAAAAGAUUAUUUAUUUACAGAGAAGCACAGUUUUCUGAGGGGAGGAAAAAAAUCUCUCUGACUACUUUGGGCCGUUUUAGUGUCAGUAGUUUAUCUUAUGAGUCCAUACAAGUGUAUUUCUUGUGGCAGUGAUAAUCCAAAUCAAAGUCUCUUAAAUUAAGAGCUUUUAUUUUAUUUUAUUUUGAUUCAGUAUUUGCAGGGUUAUUUGGUGUUUCUGUCUAACAUGAACCAAAACUGUAAAUUGAGCUUUUACAGAAAAUCAUUUGGUUCUUCAUUGUGACAGAUGAGCAUUUUGCACUUUAGCAGAAAAAUCCAAGAAUGUCCAAUAACCCUUUUUUAAUAGCUGUUGAUUUAUUUGUUGCAUCAAAAAAAAAACUGAUAUUGAUAAUAAAGAACAUAAAUGUUGUACAGUAGAGAAAUUAUCUUUCCCAGAUCACUAUACAUAUGAUCAUUGUUAAUCUGCUUUCUAGGUUUUGUUUAUGUGUCCAUCUUGUUCAAAUUCUCCCCUUUUAACUGUUCUAGUAAUUUUUAUACCAUAAUGUGUCAUGCAGGUAAAUGCUGUUAUGGAAAAAUGCUUCUGUUUAGUCUUGUGUCCAUAGAUUGGUCUGCUUUUUCUCAGAGAAUACAUCAGUGUAUAAUGCUACUUGUAGACCCAGGCUUAGCCUUUAGCUGUAAGUUUUAAAGAUCCAAGAUUACCAAUAUUUAGGAAUUUCUCAUUUAAAAAAAAUAUGCAUGGAGUCUUCUUCUUAACAUAUACUUGAUGCAAGAAUUUCAGGUGGCCAAACUGUAGAGAAAGAUUGGUUUUGUUUUGAAAAUCACUGCUGUGUUUCAAGUGUCCUACUCAUGCCUUUUGUCUUUUCUAUUGUUAAUCAACAGCAGAAACUCUGAUCUGAUUUUAAUUUUCCAUAUUAAAUGUUAUUUUUUUGUUAAAUGA